GUGUGGCAGCCACGCCACCCACUGCUUGCUCCUGGUUAUCUCAGCACUUAGGAACAAGUGUCCACUUGGCCCUGUUUUCUUCGCACUGUUCUUGCAUUUGAUACUAGGUGUCGGGCUGUGUCUGGGGGAGGUCUGGCAGCAUGGCACCCAGGAGAGCGGCUGCUGGUGCUGGGUUCCCUGGCGGUUUCUGACGUCCUAGGUGCUGCAGGCUUUGAAGUUUCGUGACUUUGUGUCCAGUGGAGUGGAACUGGCAGGAGCCGCCUUGUGUUUGAGGGUAGAGUGUCAAACACGUGCGUAGUGCAGGGACUCUGACUGUUGGGCUGCAGGUCCACCUAUGACCUGUCCCCAGGUGGCUUGGAGCUCACCCCUCGCCAUUCUGCUUUUAAAACCGAGCCAGCAUUUGUGUGGAUGACUCAGGUGACCUUGAGGGUCUCUGUUUUCCGGGAGGCUUUCUGUAAGACGAAGAAUGAAAUGCUUUAAUCAAGGAGCGUGGGCGGCUUGGCCAGGGAGGCAAGCUGGCCGGGUGGCUAAGGGCGCCAGGCCCUUGGAUGACAGGCACCUGGGCUGGAGUCUGGGCCCUGCUUCCUACCAGCUGGGCCCCCUGUCGUGUGCCAUGGACAGCUCUCUCAUGGAGCCUCAGACUCCUCCAUAAGUGGAGGUAACUGCACCCCGGGUUGCGCCGUUGUAUUCCAUGAGAUCUGGGUGAGGCUGCUGGCUCCGGACAGGAGCCCCCCGGGGAGCCGACAUUAGAGUGGAGCAGAUGAGUCAUUAGCAGGUUGAGUUCUGAUAUUGAACAAUGCCGAGAAGACAGACGAUGUGGUGGGUGCUUUCCUAUUGGGUGGCCAGGGAAGGCCUCCCUGACAAGAUGACAGUCCAGCCUAGACCUCAGUACAAGCAGGAUCUUGCCAUGGGAAGGCCUAGGGGCAGAGCACCUGAGGCAGAAGGAACCGCGGGCGCUGAGGCCCUGAGGCAGGAACAAGAGGCCGAGGGGGAGGGUGGCGAGGGGACGUGGGGCCUGGCCUGGGCUUGCCGGGGACAGAAGCACGGAAAGCACGUGCACAGUGCCCGGGCCUCUGGAAGCUCCCGGAAGCUCCCGGAAGCUGUUCAUGCUCUCGUCGUGGUCCGCGAGCCCACAGGCCCACUUGGUGUUUGUUUUUACCGUGGGCAGCGAGGAGCGUGCUCUGAGCGCGACGAGGCGGGACAGCGGGCAGUGCGCUGCUCUGGGCUUUGCGCUGCCCCUCUGCCUCUUUCCCUCCCCCAGUGCACUGUCCAGGUGAAGUUAGAGCUGGGGCACCGGGCCCAGCUGCGCAAGAAGCCCACCACGGAGGGCUUCACGCACGACUGGAUGGUGUUCGUCCGCGGCCCGGAGCAGUGUGAGAUCCAGCACUUCGUGGAGAAGGUGGUCUUCCGCCUGCACGACAGCUUCCCCAAGCCCAAGCGUGUGUGCAAGGAGCCCCCCUACAAAGUGGAGGAGUCGGGAUACGCUGGCUUCAUCAUGCCCAUUGAGGUGUACUUCAAAAACAAGGAGGAGCCGAGGAAGGUUUGCUUCACCUAUGACCUGUUCCUGAACCUGGAGGGCAACCCACCCGUAAACCACCUGCGCUGCGAGAAGCUCACCUUCAACAACCCCACCAUCGAGUUCCGGUACAAGCUCCUGAUGGCUGGCGGGGACGCCAGCAGAGAGAGCGGCAAAGCCUGCAAGGCCCACAAGACGGCCAAGGAGCACCGGGAGCGGCCACGCAAGGACUCCGAGGGCAAGGGCCCCUCCAAGGAGCCGGAGCGGGAGCAGGCCCGAGGCGCCAAGGACGCUGCACGGAAGCUGGGCGAGGGCCGGCCACCCAAGGAGGAGAAGGCCCCGCCACCCAAGGCCGCGUUUAAGGAGCCCAAGAUGGCCUUGAAGGAGACCAAACUGGAGAGCCUGUCCCCCAAGGGCGGGCCCCCCCCACCGCCCCCUUCCAAGUCUUCCAGCAAGCGGCCGGCCGCCGCCGACUCACCCAAGCCCAGCGCCAAAAAGCAGAAGAAGAGCAGCUCCAAGGGGUCCAGGAGCGCCCCCGGCACCUCGCCCCGCACCUCGUCUUCCUUCUCGGACAAAAAGCCGGUCAAGGACAAGGGCAGCACCAAAGGGGAGAAGGUCAAGGCUGAGAGCGAGCCCCGAGAGGUCAAAAAGCCCCCGGAGGUGGAGGAGUCCAACUCAGAGGAUGAAGCCUCCUUUAAGACAGAGUCUGCCCAGUCCAGCCCGUCCAGCUCCAGCUCCAGCUCCGACUCCAGUUCGGAUUCAGAUUUCGAGCCGUCUCAGAACCACAGUCAAGGCCCCCUGCGCUCCAUGGUGGAGGACCUGCAGUCGGAGGAGUCCGACGAGGACGACUCUUCAUCAGGCGAGGAGGCCGCCGGCAAGACAAGCGCAGGGAGGGAUUCCAGGCUGAGCUUCAGUGACAGCGACAGUGACAACAGUGCCGACUCCUGCCUGCCUAGCCGCGAGCCCCCGCCCCCCAAGAAGCCGCCCCCGCCCAGCAGCAAGGCAUCAGGCCGGAGGAGCCCGGAGCCCUGCAGCAAGCCGGAGAAGGUCCUCAAGAGGGGCGCCUAUGACAAGGCCUACACGGACGAACUCGUGGAGCUGCACCGGAGGCUGAUGGCUCUGCGGGAACGCAACGUGCUGCAGCAGAUCGUGAACCUGAUCGAGGAGACUGGUCACUUCAAUGUCACCAACACCACCUUCGACUUCGACCUCUUCUCCCUGGAUGAGACCACCGUGCGCAAGCUGCAGAGCUACCUGGAGGCCGUGGCCACAUGACCCUGGGCCGGGUGCCCGGCCCCUGUCACCGGGGUCCCGGGAGGCCACCCCUGGGCCCCGCCUGCCUUCCUCUCUCUCGACUCGCCCGCCCGCAGCACUGCCUUAGUCACCGCCCUGUCCUUGGCCCACACGGCCAGCUGCACUUUCCUCGUUGGCUCCCUGGCCUGCCCUCCCCACCAGCUCACCGGGAGCCCUGGGGCCAAGGGGGGCUGGGCCGGCGCUGCUACUGCUGCUCCCCAACACUCAGGGGCCGUCACCUGGGCCCCCCUUGGAAAGCGGCUUGUGUCGAAGGCAGCGCAGGGUCUCAUUUUCGUAGAGGAAUGAGUAUGCCCGGCGGUGGGAGCCUCGCUCCGUGGUGGGGCAUGCGUCACGGUGUCACUACUCAGGCUCGUCUGAGCAGCCGGGGUACCGCCUCCAGCCCCCCAAACGGUUCAGACGCGCCUGCCGCACCCAGGACCUCAGGGGCCCGCUGCGCCAGGCGGGGCCCCGGCCCGUCCUCCAUGUGAGCGGGGCGCAGCCCUCUGCUCUCACUGCCGGGCCCCAUGCUGUCCAGUCCUCACGUGUGUGCGAGUGCGCGGAGGGUGCCAGAGCCGUGGCCGGGGCAGCGGUGCCCGUGGGGGGUGGGGGGCGAGUAGGGCGGGACUUUGAGGGUAAGAUGUCUCCACUGGUCUUGUCGGGCCGGAGGCCGAGCCGGAGCGCCAGCUGGCCUCCUCCAGGUGCAGGGAGGACCCCCUCCCUCGGUGGUACGAGGACACCCGUCCUCCGGGGACUCGGAAGGCGCAGCCCGGGGCCUGUGAACACGACGACGGGGCAGUGAGCCCUCCCGCGCCCGGUCGCACUGGCGGCCGUCUCCAGGAGCCGCCCCCGGGCCCCAGCCGCUGCAGGCCGCCACUUGCGACGGGUCCCGGGGCUCAGCCGCUCUCUCUUUCAUAGGAUCCUCUUCCUCCCUUCUGUUGAUCGAGUCUUCGAACGUUGAAAAAAAAAAUGAGCUUUUGCCAAAUAAGACGGGAUAGCGUGUGGAGUCUUUCGAGGAGCGUCAGGACUCAGAGCCAGUCCCUCACGCCCAGCCCUGCCGGCGGCGGGCCCUCCAGGCACGGCUGUCCCUCUGGUUUGGGCCUGGCCCUCCCGUUUCUGCCAUUCACAGCCCCCGAGCCCAGAUGCUCCAAGGGCCGGGCCGGUUCCUCCCCACUCUGGCCCACCUGCAGUGGGUCUGCUGGGCGCUGGGGACCUGUUGGCUCAGCCUCUCUUUCCCCAGACCUCGACUCAAGGCUCCUGUGGGCCUCCACCCCUGACUUUUGCCCUGAACGAGAUGUGGGAAAAAGGACGGGGGGCCCGGAGGUGGGCUCACUCUCUCCCUUCAACCCACUGUCAAUCAGCCUCCCAGUCCCAGAGUUCCAGCAUGGGGAGCACCACGCUCCCCUUCCCUGUGGUCCCCGACUCCUAUGCCCCUGUUCUGAUUCUGUCUGUCACGCCCUGGGGAGCCCUGUCUCCCAGGCGCCCCGAACUCCGGCCUUCCUGGGAGCACUCUCGGGGGAGGCCCGAGAGCCGUCAGCGGAAAGCACCAUGACUCCUCGCCACCCACUCGGGUUCUCCUGGUCCCACUGCUUCGAGGUAUCAGGAAGAGGUCAGGCCUGGGUGACAGGUGCUGUGCUGUCACCGUUCCCUUCCCCAGGCAGGCCAGCAAUACUCCGAAAUGGGCACCUUUCUUCUCUGGAAAAUCUCCAAGACAUUGGACGGAAGGAACUGGCCUGAGCAGGCUGCUCCAGCAGCGGCGGCUGCCCGGCCCUCUCUGUGCAGAGGCUGCCGGGGUCACAGGCAGGAGACCCUGCUCCAGGAUGCUGGCCUUCCUCCUCCACCAGGACCUCCCGGAAGGGACCGCAGGCUCCACAUGGCGACAUGGGCGCCUGCCGCCUUGGAGCCAGGCCCUCCAGCCCGCUCAUAAUGGCAGCACUAAGCGGCUCUUCCUGCUGUUUCCAGGGCCUUAGGAAGCACCGACCAUUUCUCAGUUACCUCCUCUGGCCAGAAGGCCUCCAGUGCUGUCCCCUGGAGCUGCUCUGGGCCAAGUGCUGGCCUGUGACCGCCUGAUGGACGUGCCAGGCAGCCAGGGCCCCGACUGCAGCACCCCCAGCUGCUCCCCUCCCCCACCCCCAGCUGCCCGGCAGCUGGGCCCGCGAGGGCUCUGGGGACGCUUCCAUAGGAAGGGGCCGGCACUUUGUGAUUGCCGCGCGUUUAGCGGCAAGCCCCCUGCCCCAGUGCGAACCCCUGUGUCUUGCUAUCUCCUGAACAAAAUGUAAACCGACGCCUGAAAGCAAAAGGUAUCGAAUACCUUUCUUACCCAUAAGGGUUUUUACAAAGAAUGUGUCUCACUAGGAACUAGGACACACCGGCCCAAGACCAACUCCCGGGCAAAAGGAAUAAGGAGAAUCGUGUUUGUAAUAAGUUACAGGAUUGUUUCUGUCCUGGAUUUUAAACUUUUUGUUAAAUUGUGAAAUUAUGGAGGAAUUUUAUAGAAAAAAAGUGAAAUAAAGUCAGAUGGGAAAGCAGA